AUGGAUUCCUCUUCAUCUAUAACACUUUCUCAUCUUCCUUAUGUUUACCCUGCAAUACCAAACACCAACAAAAAAUCUACUUUUUGGCCAGCUGGCAAGCGAAGGAACUCUCAAUUAUCCACAAGGUUACAUUGUAACAAGAUGUUUGUACCUGGAUUUGGAGAAGCAUCACCAGAAGCAAAGGCUGCUCAAAACCUCCACAAUUUCUUCACCUUUGUUGCUGUUAAAAUCGUUGCUGCUCAACUUGAGAGCUAUAAUCCUGAAGCAUAUGUUGAGCUAAUGGAAUUUGUGGGUAAACACCCGUUGGAUGAUGGUGACAAGUUCUGCGCCAGUAUGUUCAGAGAAUCAUCAAGACAUAAGAACUUAGCCCUACGCAUAAUGGAGGUGCGAUCAUCAUACAGCCAAAAUGAUUUUGAAUGGAACAACAUGAAGCGCCUAGCUUUAAAGAUGGUCACUGAAUCUAACACGAGGCUUAUGAGGGAUUAUGUCUCUGAAACCAGCCGUGCUGAAAAUGAAAAGUGA